AUGAAGAUCAGUAAGAGCCCUGUUUCCAUAGACGAUGGCUCUGUUCGGAAAGCGCAUGGAAAACAAGAUUGUGGAAGGGUAUCUGCGGAGACAAGUUCCUGUCACGAUAGCGAUGUUGUCCUCGUUGAGGAUGACAACGACUCAGGUACUGUUAGCGAACGCGAAGAUGCAUCUUCAAUUGAUGAUGAAUCGGUCAGACAGCGAGAACGCGAUAGUGAGAGAUAUCGCAGAAGUCUUAUCGCUAGCGUUGCCGACCCGGAUGAGCCAUAUCCUGAGACGUAUCAACAGUUUUCUGGCAUUCCAGCAAACGCAGUGGGAGAUAUGUUGCAUCUGUGGGAGUUCGUCAAUGCCUUUUCAGGGACACUGCGUCUCAGUUCUUUCAAGUUGCGACACCUCGAAAAAGCUAUCGUCCACAACGAGAGAUCUCCGCUACUCGAUGCGUGCAUCACGCGGUUGAUGCGCUCCAUCUUGGCCGACAAAGAGCUGGUUGAUGAACUCGGCGUUUCAAAUACCGUAUAUAAAGCGGUCAAUUCGAAGUCAAGGAAUGCUAUUACGAAAAUUCUCGAAGCACUGCAUCAUAUCCUCUCCUUUGAAUCAGACGAGGUUUACGAUGAGUCUUUGCUGUCUACUGUCAACAAGCUGGAGAAUUCUUCGGACAAAUGGGCUUUUUAUCGCGUUAUCGAACCCGCAGGCAAGCUGCGAAUUCUGCGUGAGUUGGUUGAUUACGUCGUCAUGACUGACAAGAUCCGAAAUUGCAUCUCGGAUAGCAUGGAACACGCAGAGGAAGAGAAGAAAAAGGCACGCGAAGAAAACGCUGCCAACCGGAAGAAAUUAGAAACACAAAUCAAGAGACUGAAGGCUGAGCUCUUUGAGUUCCGAGUCAAGGCUGGUUUGGUAGAUCCACCGGCAGACUCGGAAAGAGAGAAAUUCCAAGCAAACGACACAAAGGAGAGCACCGCAAGUGAGGACAACACUGGAGAUUCAUCUAAAGAAAAUGGUCUGUCGAGGAAAGAAAAGCUGGUCGCGGCAAAGAAGGAGAGAGAAGAGGAAGAAGAUCGACGUGCAAACGAGCGCGUAGCGGAUGGAAUUGUAGCUAGACUCGACAAGUUGAAGGCAAACUUGAAGAUGCUCAAGAAUUUGCGGUUGAGGAAUCGAACGAGCGCCUGCGCCAAGGAAGGAGACUUGUUCGACAGCUCCGCCCCAGCACCUAGUAUGCCUUUCGCAGCGCCGCACGAGGACCCCGUGCGGACGCACCCUAUGGGAACAGAUCGAAAGGACCGCCGUUACUGGUUUUUUGAGGGCUCCGGCCGGAUCUGGAUAGAAGACACAAAAUCUGGAGAGUGGUCCACAAUUAACACGUCGCAAGGGCUAAACAAGCUUUUGUGCUGGCUUUCAACUUCACGUCCUGGGGAGCAGCAACUUAAGAAACGAAUACGCCAGCGGGAGCAGCAAAUUGCGUUGGAAAUGGCGAACGAGAAAAAGAGCAUAGAACUGGGUGAGGAAGAAGCACAGGAAUCUGCCACAGAAGCAACGUCUCGGGGCACGAGAGCCGGGAAGAGGCGUGCCGAAAGAGUCCAAAAGGAUAAAACCACAAGCAGGGGAACGGGAACGUUCUUGGACUACCGUAACUUGGUUAAAUGA